GAAAAUGACCUUUGACCCUGUAUAAAAAGCAUACAAAUAUCACAGCUAGGAAAAGUCAUCUCUAUCCUCCUCUCCUGGCUAGAAUAAGUGGAGCUAGAGUACGGUCAAGAUACACAUGCAUAUGUGAACAUGCGUCGUAUCUCACGCAAGCACCGUACCCCAGUCAGGAGUAUCAAAGGUGCCAUGGAAGUCCCCUCCCCUCAACUCAGUAGCUCUGACGAAGAAGAGGAGGACGGCCAGUACAAAGAGAUAAUAUUCGACCAUCUCCUUGCGGCAAUUCGUCGAAUCAAGGGUCAAAAACAACGCCCUGGAGAGGAGCGAAUCACGUCUACCAUGAGCAUUAAGUUUGGCGUGUCGUUUAAGACCACAAUUCGUUAUUUGAAUAGAGCUGUACAAGAAGGUCGAGUGGUAAAGAUCAUCAACAAAGGGAUGCCUUCGUAUCGGGACCCUGAGAGCCUCACCUCAUCCAAAGCUAUCCUGUUUCCUGAUCUCAUUCGUAUGGUCAACAAAGCCAUCCUCACUGUGAGCCUCGAAGGGGCCACCAUUCGUCAGAUCCAAGACAGUAUAUGCCAGAGCCAUGGACUAUUGGAAUCUCCGGAGAUGUACGAGCAGAUAAAGACCACCGUUGAGCGACAAAUGUCCCAGGGGAAGUUGAUCAAGCACGGCAAACUAGUCAAAGUCCCUGUUCAGAGGCUGAGCCCGUUCCCUGAUCCCAAAGUGAAACCAAGCGAUGUGUGCAGCUUCUGCCUAGGAACUUCCGAGCACAACCGCCAGAAGAAGCUGGAAGAGUUGAUAUCGUGUCAUGAGUGUGGAAACAGUGCUCAUCCAUCUUGCCUCAAAUACUCACCUUCCUUCCUCGAGCGUAUCAAGGCCGAACCUUGGUUGUGUCUGGAGUGCAAACGUUGUUUUUUCUGUGAGCAGGGAGCGACUUCUGAUGAUGUGCUUUUCUGUGACGCUUGUGACAAGGGAUUCCACAUGGAGUGUCUGGAGCCUCCUCUGAGUGGCCUACCUGAAGGACGUUGGAUUUGCCCCAUCUGUGUGCCUGCUCCAAAUAGGAAGAGGGGGGCGGGGCGAUCAACAGUCUCCACUCCCAUCGACACGCCCCCAGCUGACCUCUGUAUCAAUCACAAGCGAGUGAGGAAAUCUACCAGCUAUUUCAGCAACUAUGAAGUCACUACCACUGGCAUACGAAGACAGAAGAAGAAGAGUGGCAUCAGACGAGAGGACGGUGAUACUUCUGAUGGUCUGUUUAUGAUGGACGAAACGCAAGAUGAAAUGUCACAGCUGCCCGCUGGGGUUACCGAGAGCGACCUCGAAUUGUUCAAGAAGGCUCAGCAGAUGGCUCUGGAGAGUAUGGCCACCUCUCUCAAGGGCAAGUCGACCAAUCCUAACGCUCGAUCACCACCAAUGAUCAGGUUUGGAAAAUUUGAGAUCAAGACGUGGUACUCUUCUCCCUACCCCCAGGAGUACGCCAUGCAGCCGAUCCUCUACCUCUGCGAGUUCUGCCUCAAGUACAUGAAGAGCCAGUCCAUCCUGAAACGCCAUCGGGCCAAGUGCAACUGGUUCCAUCCCCCAGCCAACGAAAUAUACCGAAAGGGGGACAUAUCGAUUUUCGAAGUCGAUGGCAUGACUAGCAAGAUUUAUUGUCAAAAUCUGUGUCUGCUUGCCAAGCUGUUCCUGGAUCACAAGACUCUCUAUUACGACGUCGAACCGUUCUUGUUUUAUGCAAUGACGCAGUACGAUCGCAAAGGUUGCCAUCUUGUAGGAUACUUCUCAAAGGAAAAAUCGUGUCAGCAGAAGUACAACGUCUCGUGUAUCAUGACAAUGCCACAGUACCAACGCCAGGGUUUCGGUCGAUUUUUAAUUGAUUUCAGUUAUCUGCUCUCUCGUGUUGAAGGCCAAUCUGGAUCACCAGAGAAACCUCUAUCGGAUCUGGGUCGAAUUAGCUACCAUAGCUACUGGAAGAGCACCAUUAUGGAGUACCUGUAUAACUAUGGGAACGGCAAACUCAGUAUUCGCAAGAUCAGCAUAGACACAGGAAUGGAUCCUCACGACAUUGCCUCCACCCUCCAGAUGCUCGGAAUGUUGAAACUGAAAGACGAUGGACGUGUUGUUUUUGUGAAGGACAUGACAAUGCUUGAAGCACACAUGGACAAAGUGAGACACAAAGUCCGAAUUUCUCUCGACCCAGAUGCCCUUCACUGGUCCCCCCUCGUCCACAAUGUCCCAAGGCCUGGUACCGAUACGGGGGAGGAGUCAGAAGUGAAUAUAGAGGGAGAACACCCCAGGCCCACUAAAGGGACCACAACGACCACUGAGGGUCAACACAAGGCAGCUGCCACCAUCGUUGAGGGCACUCGGAUUCGCACUAGACAUAGGAGGGAGGUGAAUGCUGACACCCCACUCAGACGGUCGACGAGAAAGAGAAGAGGCAAACAAACGUGGUCAUCCAAGAAGAAGAGACGCGGUGGUAAUCGAUUUUCUCAACUGCAGGUGUUUGGCUCAGAGUAUGUGACACAGCAAGACCUUGACCUCCCACCACCUGAUCUCGAUGCUACUGGGCGGAGGCCAGAGGACUACAUUGAUCCCGUUUCCACUCGCACACGAUCACAGAACAUUGUUCAUGUCGAAAGAGGCAAGCUAUUCAAUUUAGGCAUCAGCAACUAUGAGUCUUUGCGACGAAAGAGCAGCAAGUUUAUGACGUCAACCUCGAGCGCUGAAGGCGGCUUACCACACGGUGAAGAUGUGGAGAGACUUCCAUCAACUUUCGAGGAGAUUGGCAAAGUCAAAUCACUCUCACCUACGGCCACGUUCAAGGAAACUCCUCGACUGUUUCAACGCUCAUCUUCACUUCAGCCCACCAGCAAUUUUGGGCAAAUUCGUGGCCUGAGACGUCGCGAUGUGGUCUCUGAGAAUUCAGACAGCGACUCGUCCGAUUCGGAAUCAAAUUCUUCAAGUUCUUCGGAUUCUGAAUCUUCACAUAGCCAUCAAUUAUUGUCCGGAGGCCCUACUGAGAAAAUGGACACGGUCCCUAUAACCACUACCCCUAUGGGGGAUCUCCUGCGGGGGGCAUCGGACGUUGAGGAGUUCGACUCUGAGGAUGAGUCUGCGAUGGAAACUGAUAGGACCGCGAGGCAGUCUAAGACCAUGAAGGGGCACGCUAAGGAGUUACCUUCUGAGGAGAAUAGUUAUACCCAACCUGACGAAGAUGACGAUAAAGAAGGUCUAACUCUCUCCAUUAGCAUCCCUCGAUCACAGCCCGUUCUCACUACCGUAACCCCCACCGUUGCCAUAGCAUUGUCACCAAUUACCCCGCCUCCCUCUACAUCGAGUCUGGUCAAGUCCACAAGUGCAAAUACACUCAUGGCCUCUUCACACUUUCUCGCACAAACUGCGGCCGCUCCCACUCUGGCUAGCGAACCAAGUAUUCCUCGAUUUAACUCCACUCCUGAACUGGUGUCCAAUCAGAAUGCUUCAUCUUUCACAAUCGCCCAGCUGACCCAGUUAUCAGCCGCCUACCACCAACAAAUACAGCAGCAUUUGGUCCAAAUUCAGCAGCACCAGCAACAAACUGGACCCCCCAUCUCUACAGCCACCAUGCUCCAGUGUGUGCAACUCCUUCAAGCACAAACUCAGCAUCUCUCCUCUGCUCAAAGAUCUUUCUCUGGCAUCUACCCGCCGUUACUCUCUCCAUACAGAGUGCGGCCACCAUUGAACCAGCUCAGUACAGCUACAACACUGCCGCCUGGAAUGCCACAACUCAGUUCUUUCUCAAACACUCCUCCCCAAACCGUGUCACCGGGGACCCUCCCCCUCCCAAGGCCGCCCGUGUCGACUGGUCUGCCAAAUCUGACGAGCCUCUCCAGGAAUCUGCUGCAUCCACAAACGCAGCCAGAGGAAGUCCCCCCACCUGCUACAACACCUAACACUGGGGCAACUCCCUUUACAACAUCGUCUUAAAAACUGAGAACUGUCUUAGAUACCAAGUAUAGUAUAUAUCAUGUCGUCAUCAUGUAUAAUUAUUAUAUUGUUAUUUUAUAAUUAUAA